CCCGGGCUCCCGGGACUGCAGUCGUCCGCCGGACCCGUGCGAUGGGCUCCGAGGCGGCGCGGCUGCUGGAAGCUGCAGACUUCGCGGCUCGCAAGCACCGAUGGCAACGGCGGAAGGACCCCGAAGGGACCCCCUACAUCAACCACCCUAUCGGUGUGGCUCGGAUCCUGACCCAUGAGGCGGGAAUCACUGACAUUGUGGUGUUGCAGGCAGCCCUGCUCCAUGACACCGUGGAGGACACGGACACCACCCUGGAUGAGGUGGAGCUGCACUUCGGGGCGCAAGUGCGCCGUCUGGUGGAGGAGGUGACGGAUGACAAGACUCUGCCCAAGCUGGAGAGAAAGCGGCUGCAGGUGGAGCAGGCGCCCCACAGCAGCCCGGGGGCGAAACUGGUGAAGCUGGCAGACAAACUGUACAAUCUGAGGGACCUGAAUCGCUGCACCCCAGAGGGAUGGUCCGAACAGAGAGUCCAGGAAUACUUCGAGUGGGCAGCACAGGUGGUGAAGGGGCUUCAGGGAACAAACCGGCAGCUGGAAGAGGCUCUCAAGCAGCUGCUUAAGGAGCGGGGGCUGACACUCUGAGCGGUGCUUGGAGCCACCAGGUGGCACAGGCUCCAGCCUUACUCAGGCAGGAGAGGAUUCAUACUCCAGCCCUUCCGUGCCGCCCCUGCUCCCUUCCUGGUUCACUCAGCCCAGAUAUUAGGGGCCAAAACACUUGUUUUUUUUCCGCCUGCCGAAGAUUUCCUGCCAACUAAGCUGAACCCUGGAUUGUGGGAAUCAGAUGCACCCCACCCAUUUCUAGUGCAUUCACUGCCUUUCUCCCUUGGGUCUGUUUGCGAUUUUGCAUGGUGGAGUCUCUGGCCCCUCAGGGAUUUGGGCUUAUAUAAGCCCUAGUUCAUAAGUCAUUAUGGAAAAUAAAGUAUUUGAGGUGAAGAUUUAA